GCUACGCUUUUUCAAUGCAGAAACUAUCUCUCCGUCGCCGACUGUGUCGCUUGCUUCAAUGCGGCUACCGAUCAAAUCCGACGAUGCCCCCCCGGGACCUCCGGUGCCCAUGUCGUCUACGACGGCUGCUUCCUCAGGUUCGAUAUUAAUAGUAAUGUCUUUCAAGAAACAACGCAAACUUUCAACAUCACGUCAUGUGGGAAUCAGACUACUGAAGGAGAAGCCAUUACAUUUACCUCAGACGCACAAGAAAUGUUAAUGAAUCUCCAAACAGCAACUCCCAGAAUCACUGGCUUCUCUGUAGCUACCAAGACACAAGUUCCUAAUAAUGGUCCAACUAUUUAUGCGUUCGGUCAAUGUAUUGAAACUAUCACUCAGAUUGGCUGCAAGGAUUGCUUGAAUGCUCAGUACAACAAUAUGCAGUCUUGUCUUCCCAAUUCAGAUGGUAGGGCUUUUGCUAAUGGCUGUUUCUUGAGAUAUUCCACCACUUCCUUCUUCCCCCAUAAUCAGAUCCUCGAUGUCACACGCUUCUCAAAACAAGCAGUUACAAGCAAGAAGGGGAUCAUUAUUGGUGGAGUUGUUGCAGGUGGAUCUCUUGCUUUGAUCCUCAUUGCAUUAUUUUCCAUGAUUAGGAGACGAAAAAGCCCCAAGAUGAUCAGUAUUCCUAGAGGAGACAUACCUGGAGCAAGCAAGCUAAAAGGCCCAGUUGCUUUUAGUUACAAUGUUUUGAAGACCGCAACCAAGAAUUUUAGUGAAGAAAAUAAAAUAGGAGAAGGUGGAUUUGGCGUGGUAUACAAGGGCACUUUGUGGAAUGGGAAAGUAGUUGCGAUCAAAAAAUUAGCUUCACCCUACUCCAACAAAGUAGAUGAAGAAUUUGAAAGUGAAGUGAAGCUGAUAAGUCAUGUCCAUCAUCGGAAUCUUGUUCGACUUUUGGGAUGUUGUAGUAAAGGCCAUGACAGAAUUCUUGUUUAUGAGUACAUGAAAAACAAUAGCCUCGACAAAUUUUUAUAUGGUGACAAGAAAUACUCUCUCAACUGGAAGCAACGAUAUGAAGUCAUUUUAGGAAUAGCAAGGGGUUUGGCUUAUCUACAUGAAGAGUUUCAUGUUCGCAUUAUACAUAGAGAUAUAAAGACUAACAAUAUCCUCUUAGAUGAUGAUCUACAACCUAGAAUUGCUGAUUUUGGCUUGGCAAGGCUUAUACCUGAGGAUAAAACUCAUCUUAACACAAAAUUUGCAGGCACAUUAGGAUACACGUCACCGGAGUAUGCAAUUCAUGGCCAACUAUCAGAAAAAGUUGAUGUCUACAGCUAUGGUAUUGUAGUGUUAGAAAUAAUCAGUGGUCAGAAGUGCAAUAAAUUAGAGACCGAUGGUGAUGUUGCAGGCGAAUACCUCCUCCAAAAAGCUUGGAAUUUAUAUGAGAGGGGUAUGCACUUAGAGUUGGUGGAUAAUGCCUUAGACCCUCAAGAUUAUGAUGCAGAUGAAGUCAAGAAAAUUAUAGAGAUUGGUUUGCUUUGCACCCAACCAUCUGCAGAAACAAGGCCAAUGAUGUCUGAAAUAAUGGUUAUGCUCAAGAAGAAGGGUUUAUUAGAGAAUAUGAGGCCAACUAUGCCUAUCUUCAUUGAAACUAAUUAAAAAUUCGUGCAUGGAAGAUGCCUUUACCUUUACGGUUUCCAAUAUAUCCAAUGCUAUUAUUUGCCUUCAUUUUUAUCUAUCACCAAGAUAAUUCUAUUUUGUGUAGGAAUAUGUGAUUAUGGGUGACUUCAAAUUUUGAAUCCAUAAAGGAAAUAAAAGAACUAAUAACAUAGAAAGAAGGAUAUAAUAGAACGUGACUGCC